AUGGCUGACAUGGAGUACGAGAAUGAGAACGAUCGGUUCGAAGACCCCCAAUACCGCCGACGUAGCGCGUCGCCCCAGGAUGCCAAUCGCUCUGCUCGAAACCGUAGUGCUUCCCCCAACGGCCGUACUGACCGAACUGAAGGAGCGGAUACGCGAAUGAAGAACACAGAUGAUGAAGAAGGAGCUCAGAACACAGGGACUAACCUGUUUGUAACUGGCAUCCAUCCUCGUUUGAGCGAAGCAGACGUAAUCCGUCUCUUUGAGAAAUACGGUGAGGUGGAAAACUGCUCCAUCAUGCUUGAUCCGCAUACCAAAGAGUCCCGUGGCUUCGGGUUUGUGAACAUGGCUACUCCUGAGCAGGCAGAAGCAGCCAGGGAGGGUCUACAAGGUGAAGUAAUUGACGGACGUACCCUGAGCAUUGAAAAGGCUCGUCGUAGCCGUCCUAGGACUCCAACACCCGGAAAGUACUUCGGACCCCCCAAACGUGUCGCGGCGGCCGAUACGACCGCUAUGAUGACCGUCGUGGUGGAUACGGCGGUGGUCACGGCCGCCGUUAUGACGAUGGCUACCGCAGCUCUCGCUACGAUUCUUACAGUGACCGUAGCAGUCGUCGUGAUUACCGUGAUGACUACGGCCACAGAGGUGUUGACCGUUACGCUACAUCAGGUCGAGAUGAUAGGUAUGGAGACCGCGGCGAUCGCGGUGACAGAAGUGAUAGGGGUGACCGUGACCGUGACCGGGGAGAUCGCCGAGGUGACCGCCGUGGUGGAGGAUAUUACGACCGAGAUGAUGCUCGAGCACAGUCUGCUUCUGGUUACGCAGAUACCCCUUCUCAUCGUGAGUCUUAUGAGCCUUCUGGGAGUCGAGCUUACGAUAACCGUUGGGACGAUAGAUCCGGCCCCCGCUAGGUAG